AAGGCCAACAUCUCAUGCUCUAUUUGUGUGUCUCUUUCAUCGAUUGCAGCAUCUUUAAUUUGUGGAGCAAAGUGCACAUCAACUGUUAGUUUUUUGACGUUGCAUCUUGUCUGUUUCUUGGGAUCAAGAUGGUGGGUUCAUCUACUUUCUCUCCUGAUUUCUUUCAUACUUGUGCUGAGCAGUUUGGGGACACCAACGUUAGUGAUCUUGAAGUUGAUCUGAGGGGUGUGUUCAAGGAGUUUACAGCUGAAAGACAGUUUGAAAUGAAUCAGUUGGUGUCUCAUACCAUACAAGAGGUUGUAGAGGCGCAUAAGAGCAAGAGAAUGAAGCUAUCUGCGACCGAGGACGGGUGUGGGGGUGACUCAGAUGGGCAGCACAAGGUGUCGCAUAUAACGGUGGAGCGAAACCGAAGGAAGCAGAUGAAUGAACACUUGAGUGUUCUUCGUUCACUCAUGCCUUGCUUCUAUGUUAAAAGGGGCGAUCAAGCAUCAAUAAUUGGAGGAGUAGUUGAUUACAUCACUGAAUUACAACAAAUUCUACGAACCCUAGAAGCCAAGAAGCAAAGAAAAGUUUACAGUGAAUCAAUCCUUAGCCCUAGGAUUAUAUCAAGCCCUCGAAAACCGCCACUUAGCCCUAGACUAAGCUUGCCAAUUAGCCCCAGAACCCCCCAACCAGCAAGCCACUACAGACCCAUGUUGCAUCCAUUAGUAGCGCCAUCAUUCGACACUUCACCGUCUGGCUCUUUCACAAAUUCAGACCAUUCUAAGGAGCUCGUGGCUAAUUCAAGGUCAGCCAUUGCUGAAGUUGAGGUUAAGUUUGUGGGUGGUGAUCUUCUUGUGAAGACUUGCUCAAAUCGAAUACCGGGCCAAGCAACAAAAGUAGUUGAAGUACUUGAAAAUCUAAGUCUUGAGGUUCUUCAGGUCAACAUUAGUGUUGUUGAUGAAGCCAUGGUUAACUCCUUCACCAUCAAGAUUGGAGUUGAAUGCAAACUAAGUGCUGAGGAACUUGUUCAACACAUUCAACAGACAUUCUGCUAACUUUACCUGCCUUAGUUUUCGUUUUUCGGUCUGGAAUCUCACCCUCCUUUGUGAUAAUGAUCUGAUAUUGAGAACAUACGCGACGAUGUUAAACUCGACUCUUUAGGCAUGAUGUUGUGCUUGAUUACAUUGUUCAAAACCCUAAUUAAUCCCCCCUAUAAAAAGAUUAGACUAUCUUAGCACGUUAGUAUAACUUCUGUAUUGAUAAUGAUUGAUCAUCCUUAAACUCUAAUUUUAUAAAUAUAUAGAGAUGACUUUAAACGAGAAUUCUUGAAUAACUAACAAUUAUACCAAUUAGUUUAUGGCCUUGAUAACAGGUUUCGGUUG